GGAGGCGGGGCCGCGGCCGCUGACCCGCCGCAGUUGCCAGCCUGGAGGCUCCGAGCUGCUGAGGUCUCCCUCAGUCCAACGGAGGAUGCCGGUUCGGCUCCCGGGGGUCAUGGGAGACUGAGUGGAGACCGGGGACUUUGCGAGUUGAAGCCUAGACCACGGGAAGCUGAGCCGCCACCUAAAGUGGACUCCGAGACCGCUGGAGCGGGGCGCCGCGCGGGAACCAUCGGCCAAGCGAGUGAGCGUGCACUCCGAAGGUUUCCGCAGGCCUGGUGUCCAAGCUUCCCCUGAGUGUGGACUGGGGGAUUAGGGACUUGGUGCGAUGAGGAGUCGGAGUAACUCAGGGGUCCGCCUGGACGGCUAUGCUCGGCUGGUGCAUCAGACCAUCCUGUGCCAUCAGAAUCCAGUGACAGGACUGCUUCCAGCCAGUUAUGAUCAGAAAGAUGCCUGGGUCCGAGAUAAUGUGUACAGCAUCCUGGCUGUGUGGGGUUUGGGCCUGGCAUAUCGGAAAAACGCAGACCGUGAUGAGGACAAGGCGAAGGCCUAUGAGCUGGAGCAGAGUGUAGUGAAGUUAAUGAGGGGACUGCUGCACUGCAUGAUCAGACAGGUGGAUAAAGUAGAGUCCUUCAAGUAUAGUCAGAGUACUAAGGAUAGCCUCCAUGCCAAGUACAACACCAAAACUUGUGCCACAGUGGUGGGUGAUGACCAGUGGGGACACCUGCAGUUGGAUGCUACUUCUGUGUACCUGCUCUUUCUAGCACAAAUGACUGCCUCAGGAUUGCAUAUCAUCCACAGCCUAGAUGAAGUCAAUUUUAUACAGAACCUUGUGUUUUACAUUGAAGCUGCAUAUAAAACUGCUGACUUUGGGAUAUGGGAACGUGGAGACAAGACCAACCAAGGCAUCUCAGAAUUGAAUGCGAGUUCUGUUGGAAUGGCCAAGGCAGCCCUGGAAGCACUAGAUGAAUUAGACUUGUUUGGUGUGAAAGGUGGGCCACAAUCAGUUAUCCAUGUUCUGGCUGAUGAAGUACAACACUGCCAGUCAAUCCUAAAUUCACUGCUGCCCCGGGCUUCAACAUCCAAAGAAGUUGAUGCCAGUCUGCUGUCAGUGAUCUCUUUCCCAGCCUUUGCUGUAGAGGACAGCCAUUUGGUAGAGCUCACCAAACAGGAGAUCAUCACCAAGCUUCAGGGUCGUUAUGGUUGCUGUCGUUUUCUACGAGAUGGAUAUAAAACUCCUAAAGAGGAUCCAAAUCGUCUAUACUAUGAACCAGCUGAGCUGAAGUUAUUUGAAAACAUUGAGUGCGAAUGGCCAUUGUUCUGGACAUACUUUAUCCUUGAUGGAGUCUUCAGUGGGAACGCAGAACAGGUCCAAGAAUAUAGAGAGGCUCUUGAUGCAGUUCUCAUCAAGGGCAAAAAUGGAGUCCCACUUCUUCCAGAGCUGUACAGUGUUCCCCCUGACAAGGUUGAUGAAGAAUAUCAAAAUCCUCACACUGUGGAUCGAGUCCCCAUGGGAAAAUUGCCUCACAUGUGGGGUCAGUCUCUAUACAUUUUAGGAAGCUUGAUGGCAGAGGGAUUUUUAGCUCCUGGAGAAAUUGAUCCCCUGAAUCGUAGGUUUUCUACUGUGCCAAAGCCAGAUGUGGUGGUUCAAGCUGAAACAGAAGAAAUCAAGGCCAUUUUGAAGGACAAAGGAAUUGAUGUGGAGACCAUUGCCGAGGUGUACCCUAUCAGAGUACAGCCAGCUCGUAUUCUUAGCCACCUUUAUUCCAGUCUAG